UGAAUUUUAUUUACUGGUCCCGGGCCGUAAACUACCUAGCAGUCUGCCCGACCCUCCAUUGUAUCCGUACUUCUGCAAUUGAAUCUUACCGCUAUCCUUUAUCGUCACAGGCGCCAAGGCCAACCACCCAAACGCUUUGCCCGAUCAGGAACCAAAGAAUUUACGAUACAGUCUUUGGUACCGUUGCGGAGAACUUGAACCUGCGGGCAAAAGACAUACAAUCUCAAUCCUUUCCCCCUCCUCCUACACUUCCUCCGGUCCAUUUCCUCAUUCCUCAGGCAUGACAAUGAGUCAACCUUUGAGGCGAGGUGUACGGGCUGUGUCCUGGACCCGAGUCCUCCCUCCGCGGGCGCGACAAGGGCCAUCACUGUAUCGCGCAGGGCAGACAAGAUGCCUUCAGAUUCGCGCCGCGGCUGCGGAACAGCCAUCUUCGGCCAACGGAAACAGUCUGCCUGUGGUCGGCACUCCUAACUCAGCUGAGUCUGCCGAUGCGCGAUUCGACGUUAUCGGCGCUCCAUACUCGUUAUUGUCCGUCUCCCUAUCCGCUUCGCAGAAUCUCUUCACCCGACGAGGAACAUUGGUGGGACUGAGUGGGAAGGCCGAUAAUGUGGUUUCUACGUUGAGCGUGCUCGAACCAUUCCGGAGAGCAGUUGUCGGUGUGCCAUUUCUCUACCAGAAGGUCUCGUCGGCUAGCCCGGUAACUGCCCUAGUUUCUGUUCGGUCGCCUACCACGUCCUUCGCUGUUGUACACCUGGAUGGUUCCGUGGAUUGGAUGGUGGCGCAGAGACGUGCGUUGCUUGCCUGGACGGGCCGUUCUCUUUCUAUCAAACCGACAAUCAACACAAGCCUGAGCGUGUCUCACUGGGGUAGCUCCGAAGUGACUGGCAGAGGAUUGCUAGCGUUAGUUGGUACGGGUCAGUUAUACCAGGUCGAGGUAAAGGCCGGAGAGCAAUACGUCGUCCACCCAAGCAAUGUCGUUGCUUACACAAUGACAAACAACCCCCCUCGUCCUUACCGCUUCAAAUCCACAACCUUGAAAUUCCAGGUCCCAGGUCUUAAGGGCUUGCCUAGCUUCAUCCAGGAUUCAAAGUUCAUUCGGGAUAUGUCGGGUUCCGAUACAUGGAAAACCGCGAUGAACAUCUUCCAUAAAAUCCGUACUUGGUCUCGGAUGACCAUUUGGGGAGACAGGCUCUUCCUGCAAUUCGAUGGCCCCUCGACUAUUCUCUUACAAACGCGUGGUCCCCGUAUCAACGAAGUCCUCACCUCGCACGAAGUCAAUGAAAUUGCAAGCGCCCCGAGAGGACUAACCAUUGGACCUGCAAAGCCCGCGGAGGAAAAGAAAUCGUCUGCCGACGAGGAGGCCGUCAAUGCUGCCCCCGCGCCCACAAGGACCAUUGAACAAUUAGAACAGGAGGUCAGAGGGUCAGCUCAAAGCAUUGCCACUCUUACGAAGGAAGGCAAAGUUAUCUUUGAGAAACCUGGCCAACAAAACUAAAGUGUAACGUUUGCCAUCAACUGUUCCAGUUGGUGCAUGAUAAGGCGCUCUCAUUUUAAAAUUUCUUAUUGCAGGCUGAAUGUAUUAUAGAUAGCAUACUCCGCGUUUCAACAUGAGCUUUUUUCCCCCCUUCACUGGGCAUGGAAACCAUCAUCGUGCUAUGUUUCUCCACGCAAUCAACCCUCUGGCCUUACCAAUCUUCUGGGAGCAAAACCAUGGGCUUGUUUCUGCAAUAGCCAGGAGAUAGUCACAUAUGUCAACGGGUAGGGCAGCGUUAAAUAAGCAAAGCGGCAGGGGCUUCGGCUCCCUUCGUUUGGCUGCUUUCUCCGGGAUCAGCUGUUCCAGCCCUAUCCUUGCGCUGGACAAUGUAACCCAAUAACGUCAAGACUUGAAAAUCCAUCCCUUGAUUCAGAGCCAAGUCUUUGAGUGCCACGGUUACAGUGAAAUAUUAAGACAUGAGGAAUGUGAAUCCAAUGUUAUGGAAAACAAACAUGUAAUUGACUCUCCCCGGCCGAAAGAAUUCUGCUCGAGAAUCCAAUUUAUCCAUAGACCGUUCGAUCCAAGCACAACCGGAUUCUUUUUUUGAAUUCUGCUCUGUCAAUCCGUCCUCAAUUGACUAACAUCCUUCAGGCAGAAUCCAAAUCUAUAGAUUGUACUCUCUUCCUUCAGUUGGUCGGUAUCAUACACAUUUGU